UAUGAAUGGGUCCUAAAAUUACAACCUGCUCUUCACAUUUAUGCACGUUUUAUCAAGAAAUUCUAUAAAAUGAGGUGCAUCUUACGAACGUUAUUUCAGUCGAAAUACAUAAGUCAACCAAAUAAACUCACUCGAUCUUUCCUCUCAACUAUUUUUUGAACCUGCGAAAUUCACAACUCGCUAAAAAAUGCGUCCGUUAACUUUAUUGAUAACCCUUGUACUCCUUGGUGCCACUCUGACUAAUGUGAAUGGAGACUAUCUCCUCGAACAACCCCAACGGCAAUUACAAUCACAUCCGGUCAUCAUUACCCAAAGCCCAGGCGCCGAGAGGAGGAAUUUUGGAAAUGGCCUUUUCGAGAUAGAUCAUCACAUCAACAAUAUGUUGUACAUGAUGCCGUGGAGCUUUCACCUCGGAUACCCACCUCUGCCUCUCAUCCCUCCACCAAUGCACUACCCGGGCAUUAUGGGGAACCAAAACCAAGGAGGUUUCUUUGGUGGGGGACAAGGCUACUGAACUUCAUCACGUAUAAUACUUACUUAAUAUUUUGUACAAAGUCAAAGUCAUCAUUCUUAAUUUUUUUAUCAAAAAUUUGAAUACUGC